AGCGAUUGAGUUAAUUAACUCAUUUAUGGUCAACAAUGUAAAAAGUUCUCAUUUUUUAUUUAUUUUUUCAUCGUUCGCUCUCUGUGUUGUUGGCUGUCUUUUUGUUUCCUUAAAAUGGGCUUUCUUCAAUCUGAAUGCUUCAUGUGAAAGUUCGUUCAUCCCUUUAUUGCCAAGUUACUCUCGGCGUUUUGGGGGUUUUAAAUUUGAAUUAGGAGUUGGUUUUUGCAAAUUUCUUUUUCUUUUUCCCUUACCAAUCUUUUCCAAUUAGGAGUUGGCCUUUUAUUGUCAUUUCCUCAGAUUCUUCUUCAGAAUUUAUUUAUUCUAAGUUCGACACUUCAUGGCUUUGCCGCAGGAUUUAAUGGUGACACAGUUUCGUGUUGGAAUGCCUUAUUAUUCAGCUAGAGAAGUUCUUUGAUGGUAUAUUGCGAAAUGUCUAUCCUGCUGACCGCAAUCUUAGGGUGGUAAAGGGAAACUUUUUGUUUUUUUUUAAUCAUCAUUGAAGUCAUCAUAUUUCAUCAAUUUUCGAGUCAAGGAGAUUUCUUGAAUCUGAGAGCGCAUGACGAGGGCAACAAUGGAUAUGUUAAAAGUAAAAACAUCGGUUAUGCAAAUUUGGCUUCAUUGUCCCAUAAACAUUUCGUGAGCAAGGUCUUGGGAAUUGUUGAACGGUCAGCUGUCAAAGUGACACUUGUCCACUUGCAUUUUUCUUUGUGAACACAGAACGAAAUCAGAUUUACCACGAGUUUAUUAGCACUUUUGUUGUAAUAUAUAGCCACUCGAGAGUUAACAAGCGAACGGUUUCUUUAUGCUCUAAAGAAUGGGGCAUCCUGCUGCAGUUUGGGACCAUAAGACUUCACUUGAGUUGACAAAAGAUUGGAAUGGAAUUGAACAAGUCGUGCUUCGAAACCCUCAGGGGGCGUCGGCAAGAGUAAGUCUCCACGGAGGACAGGUUAUCUCGUGGAGAAAUGAUAGAGGUGAAGCACAUCUGUUCACUAGUAGUAAGUUUGGAAACUGUGGUUCGGUUGAUCAGCAUGGAUUUGCGAGGAACAAAAUUUGGACCAUCGAGGAUGAUCCUCCUCCAUUGCAUGCUAGUGAUUCUCUUGGCAAAUCUUUUGUUGAUUUAUUACUCAAACCAGCCGAAGAAGAUCUCAAGUGCUGGCCUCAUGGGCGAAUCAUAUCUGUAGGUUUCCUUUAUUUUGCAGUGAAAGAUUGUGCUCUAUUAACACUAAAGAGCUUUGAAUUUCGCCUCCGAGUCUCUCUAACAUCAGUUGGAAACUUGAUGUUAGUAUCUCGUAUCAGGAACAUAAAUGGGAAACCUUUCAGUUUCUCGUUCGGCUAUCACACGCACUUUUCUGUUUCUGACAUAAGUGAAGUGAGGAUAGAAGGUUUAGAAACUCUGGAUUAUCUGGACAAUCUCUGCCAGAAAGAACGCUUUACCGAGCAAGGUGAUGCCAUUACAUUUGAAUCAGAGGUAGAUCGUGUUUAUCUAAGCUCACCACAGUGCGUUGCUGUUCUGGAUCACGAGAGGAAGCGAACAUAUGCAAUGAGAAAGGAAGGGCUACCAGAUAUUGGUAAUCGAUAUGCAUCUAUUUUGACAGAAAAAAAAAUAUAUAAAUACAUAAUGCUUAAGUUUUUUUAAUUACUGGAAGUUAGAAAUAUGAUUGUGAUCAACUUCUUUGGAUAUAUAUAUAUUAUAUAUAUAGUGA